AUAGCCGCUAUGCCUUUGCUACCGCCCAUGUCCAUGGAGAAAUAUAUAGGAGACGUGGGUUGCUCACCUCAGAAGGCAAGGAGAUCAAGAACAAGGGCGAAAUCUUGGCCUUACUGAAAGCUCUCUUUCUGCCCAAAAGACUCAGUAUAAUUCACUGCCCAGGACAUCAGAAAGGCAAUAGUGCUGAAGCUAAAGGCAACCGAAUGGCGGACCAGGCAGCCCGGGAAGCAGCCAUGGGGACUGACACAAAGGCCUCCUCACUUCUCAUAGAGACCUCAACCCCGUACACUCCAGACUUCUUCCAUUAUACUGAAACAGAUAUAAAGAACCUACGAGAGUUGGGAGCCACAUAUGAUAGAGAGAAAAAAUAUUGGGUCCUGCAAGGUAAACCUGUGAUGCCUGACCAGUUCACCUUUGAAUUAUUAGACUUCCUUCACCAGCUCACCCACCUUAGCUAUCAGAAGAUGAGGGCACUUCUAGACAGAAAAGAAAGCCCCUAUUACAUGCUAAAUAAAGAUAAGAUCCUCCACGAGGUGGCGGAAUCAUGCCAAGCCUGUGUCCAAGUAAAUGCCAGUAAAGCUAAGGUCGGUCCCGGGGUGCGAGUAAGAGGACAUCGACCAGGCACCCAUUGGGAAAUUGACUUUACUGAAGUAAGGCCCGGACUGUAUGGGCAUAAGUAUCUUCUGGUGUUUGUGGACACGUUCUCUGGCUGGGUGGAAGCCUUCCCAACCAAGCAUGAGACUGCCAAAGUUGUGACCAAAAAGCUUCUAGAAGAAAUAUUUCCAAGGUUUGGAAUGCCCCAAGUAUUGGGGACUGAUAAUGGGCCUGCCUUCGUCUCCCAGCUCACUUACAGGCCCUCCAAGCGGUACAACGAGAGGUCUGGAAGCCUCUGGCCGCUGCCUAUCAGGACCAACAAGACCAGCCUGUGAUACCACACCCCUUCCGUGUCGGCGACACCGUGUGGGUACGCCGGCACCAGACUAAGAACUUGGAACCUCGCUGGAAAGGACCCUACACCGUCCUGCUGACCACCCCCACCGCUCUCAAAGUAGACGGCAUCGCUGCGUGGAUCCACGCCGCUCACGUAAAAGCGGCGACAACCCCUCCGGCCGGAACAGCAUCAGGACCGACAUGGAAGGUCCAGCGUUCUCAAAACCCUUUAAAGAUAAGAUUAACCCGUGGGCCCCCCUGAUAGUCCUGGGGAUCUUAAUAAGGGCAGGAGUAUCAGUACCACAUGACAGCCCUCAUCAGGUCUUCAAUGUUACUUGGAGAGUUACCAACUUAAUGACAGGACAAACAGCUAAUGCUACCUCCCUCCUGGGGACAAUGACCGAUGCCUUUCCCAAACUGUACUUUGACUUGUGCGACUUAAUAGGGGACGACUGGGAUGAGACUGGACUCGGGUGUCGCACUCCCGGGGGAAGAAAAAGGGCAAGAACAUUUGACUUCUAUGUUUGCCCCGGGCAUACUGUACCAACAGGGUGUGGAGGCCCGAGAGAGGGCUACUGUGGCAAAUGGGGCUGUGAGACCACUGGACAGGCAUACUGGAAGCCAUCAUCAUCAUGGGACCUAAUUUCCCUUAAGCGAGGAAACACCCCUCGGAAUCAGGGCCCCUGUUAUGAUUCCUCAGCGGUCUCCAGUGGCAUCCAGGGUGCCACACCGGGGGGUCGAUGCAAUCCCCUAGUCCUAGAAUUCACUGACGCGGGUAAAAAGGCCAGCUGGGAUGGCCCCAAAGUAUGGGGACUAAGACUGUACCGAUCCACAGGAACCGACCCGGUGACCCGGUUCUCUUUGACCCGCCAGGUCCUCAAUAUAGGGCCCCGCAUCCCCAUUGGGCCUAAUCCCGUGAUCACUGACCAGUUACCCCCCUCCCGACCCGUGCAGAUCAUGCUCCCCAGGCCUCCUCAGCCUUCCCCUACAGGCGCAGCCUCUAUACAACCUGGGACGGGAGACAGACUGCUGAACCUGGUAGAUGGAGCCUACCAAGCACUCAACCUCACCAGUCCUGACAAAACCCAAGAGUGCUGGUUGUGUCUGGUAUCGGGACCCCCCUAUUACGAAGGGGUUGCCGUCCUAGGUACCUACUCCAACCAUACCUCUGCCCCAGCUAACUGCUCCGUGGCCUCCCAACACAAGCUGACCCUGUCCGAAGUAACCGGACAGGGACUCUGCGUAGGAGCAGUUCCCAAAACCCAUCAGGCCCUGUGUAAUACCACCCAGAAUACAAGCGACGGGUCCUACUAUCUGGCUGCUCCCGCCGGGACCAUUUGGGCUUGCAACACCGGGCUCACUCCCUGCCUAUCUACUACUGUACUCAACCUCACCACCGAUUACUGUGUCCUGGUUGAGCUCUGGCCAAAGGUGACCUACCACUCCCCUGGUUAUGUUUAUGGCCAGUUUGAGAGAAAAACCAAAUAUAAAAGAGAGCCGGUGUCAUUAACUCUGGCCCUGCUGUUGGGAGGACUUACUAUGGGCGGCAUAGCUGCAGGAGUAGGAACAGGGACUACAGCCCUAGUGGCCACCAAGCAAUUCGAGCAGCUCCAGGCAGCCAUACAUACAGACCUUGGGGCCUUAGAAAAAUCAGUCAGUGCCCUAGAAAAGUCUCUGACCUCGUUGUCUGAGGUGGUCCUACAGAACCGGAGAGGAUUAGAUCUACUGUUCCUAAAAGAAGGAGGAUUAUGUGCUGCCCUAAAAGAAGAAUGCUGUUUCUACGCGGACCACACUGGCGUAGUGAGAGAUAGCAUGGCAAAGCUAAGAGAAAGGUUAAACCAGAGACAAAAAUUGUUCGAAUCAGGACAAGGGUGGUUUGAGGGACUGUUUAACAGGUCCCCAUGGUUCACGACCUUGAUAUCCACCAUUAUGGGCCCCUUGAUAAUACUCUUAUUAAUCCUACUCUUCGGACCCUGUAUUCUCAACCGCUUGGUCCAGUUUGUAAAAGACAGAAUUUCGGUGGUGCAGACCCUGGUUCUGACCCAACAGUAUCAUCAACUCAAAUCAAUAGGUCCAGAAGAAGUGGAAUCACGUGAAUAAAAGAUUUUAUUCAGUUUCCAGAAAGAGGGGGGAAUGAAAGACCCCACCAUAAGGCUUAGCAAGCUAGCUGUAGUAACGCCAUUUUGCAAGGCAUGAAAAAGUACCCGAGCUGGGUUCUCAAAAGUUACAAGGAAGUUCAGUUAUAGAUUAACAGUUAAAGAUCAAGGCUGAAUAGCACUGGGACAGGGGCCGAACAGGAUAUCGGUGAUCAAGCACCUGGGCCCCGGCUCAGGGCCAAGAACAGAUGGUUCUCAGAUAAAGCGGAACCAGCAACAGACACAGAAGCCCCGAUAGACGUCAGUGUUAGCAGAACUAGCUUCACUGAUUUAGAAAAAUAGAGGUGCACAGUGCUCUGGUCACUCCUUGAACCUGUGUGUCUGCCAAUGUUCUGACCAGAUAUGUGCCCAUUGCUGAACCUUCAUUAGACUCUUUCCUUGUACCCCUCCCCUACCCAUUUCUUGAAAAUAGACAUUGUUUAGAUCUAAAAAGUCCCACCUCAGUUUCCCCAAAUGACCGGGAAGUACCCCAAACCUUAUUCGAACUAACCAACCAGCUCGCUUCUCGCUUCUGUAACCGCGCUUUUUGCUCCCCAGCCCUAGCCCUAUAAAAAGGGUAAAAACUCCACACUCGGCGCGCCAGUCCUCCGAUAGACUGAGUCGCCCGGGUACCCGUGUUCCCAAUAAAGCCUCUUGCUGUUUACAUCCGAAUCGUGGACUCGCUGAUCCUUGGGAGGGUCUCCUCAGAUUGAUUGACUGCCCACCUGGGGGGGGUCUUUCAUUGGAACAUUAACUCAGGAGAUGCCUCGGGGUCUGCAAAAUGCUUGUCAGCCUCAAUCAAGGGAGAAGGGCCGCUCCAAGCAACUGGGUAGAAGACCAGAUGGUCUCUCAUUAACCCUCUCAAUGAUGCACUACAAAAUUAACAACCAUUUCUGCUCCAUUAACACCACACUUGGCCCAUCAUGGGGGGAAAUGGAGGUGGGAGAACACGGGUUUAUGUCUAGACGGAGACACUCAUAAAGACCAGAUGCCUAUGUGGCUGCCACUCAGAAAGGAGGGAGACCCUGCAUGCCUCUUAUAGAGGGUGCCCCAAGGCAGAAGUUACCAGCAGUGACUAAUCACAAUGACAGUUCCCCUUUCACCCUUAAAACAGGGGCAACAACCUUCCAUAGAAUGAAGUCUCUCUCAGACUCAUGUACUGAAUGAAGGUUUGCUUGGUUGCUGGUUGACAGGCUUCUGGGAGGUGAAUGGACCAUGAGGGCUCUAAAUUCAAGACCAGAGUACUCCACUGAUGGACUCAUAACUUGAUGGCUUUUGGGAGAUGGUAAAAAUCAGGAGGUAGGUUACCAGGGGUGUAUCUCAUUUCAGCUUCUCCUUGCCAUAUUUUCUUACCAUGUACUCUGCCUCACCAUGAAGGGGGUAGUUCUGAUGCUAAGGUCCUGUUCCUCAAUUGGUCCUUGAUCUGUCAGUAAAGAAAGCCAGGGACCAAUUGCUGGGUGGAAGGUAUGGGCGGGACUUCCAGGUACCAGGAGGUAAAGGAAACACAAGGAAAGAGAGAGGGAGUUUCUGCCAUGCUUUGGAGGGAGAAGAACACAGCAACCAUGUGAGGUCUCAAGGGGAGCCUGUGGCUACUACUACAGGCGGGUGGUCAGGAAUGUUUGACAGGGGCUAGUUGGGACUAGAGCCCAGCAAUUGUGCCAAAAAAGCAAGUUGCAAAGGAACAAACUGUGUGUGUCUUUUGUCCAAGGAUUCAAGGGAAGCUAGGUGGGGGCUGGUAGUGCAGCCCACUUCCCCGAGCAAAGGCAGGCAGAGCAAAAGGGAAGCCGUGUGGGAGCUGGUAGCACGGCCAGUCCCAGAGCAAAGGUGGUUAGCCUAAAACUACACGUAAUGUCACCAUAGAUCCAGAAACAUGUAGUCAAUGGACUGAAGCUCUGAAACCUUGAGCCAAAGUAAGUCUUUAUGUAGGGACUGGAGAGACGGCUCAGAGGAUAAAGUAGUUGCUGCAUAAGGACAAGAACUUGAGUUCAGAUCUCCAGCAUCCACUUGGAAAGCAAACCGCGGUGUCAUGCACAUAUAAUCCUAGCAAUGGGGAGCAGAAAUAGGAGGAUCCCUGGGGAAUAGGGCAAUCCCAUCCAGCCAAUCAGCGACCUGCAGGGUCAUUAAGAGACCCUGCUUCACCAAACGUAUGUACUUUUAAUCCCAGUAGUCAGGAAGCAGAGGUGGGCAGAUCUCUGUGAGUUCAAGACCAGCCUGGUCAUGAAGCAAAAUAUACACUUUAUAUAAAAUGGCUUUGCAGUCCGUGGACUUAACACGUCACUUAUCUAGUACCUGUCUGAAAAACUAAGGGCAAGUGCCAUAGAGGAAGACACCCAAUAUCAGCCAUCAGUGUGGGGUGUGUGGCCAACCAUGCACCCCCCCACCCCCGGUUUCCCCCACACAGAGAGGGGGAGUAUCUAUGUAAAGUAUUUUGUCACAGAGAGGACAGGUUGACUGACACACUGUGAGGAUUAAAAGAGAUCAUGAGGACUUUUGGGAUAGCAUUGGAAAUGUAAAUGAGGAAAAUACCCAAUUAAAAAAAAAUUAAAAAAAAAAAGAUCAUGAGUGUGAGAAUGCUAACUCAAGUUUUUUUUUUUUUUUUUUUUUUUUUUUUUUUUUUUUUUUGAGGGGAGGAUGGGGAGGAGUCUUAAGACAGGGUCUCACUAUGCAACCCUGACUGGUACUAUGUAAUCCAAACUAGCCUUAAACUCUAUGCAGUCCCCUACCUAUGCUAGGAUUACAGGUGUAUGCCAUCAUGACAAUCCAUGCCUAGAAUCUAAAGUGGCUGUUCUUAACUUGUGGGUCUCUUGGGGGGGUCAAAUAUCCGAUAUCCUGCAUAUCAGAUAUUUAUGUUACAACUCGUAACAGUAACAAAAUUACAGCUAUAAAGUAGCAACGGAAUAAUUUUAUGGUUGGGGGCGUCACUGCAACAUGAGAAACUGAAUUAAAGGGUCACAGCAUUAGGAAGGUUGAGAACCACUGCUCUAGACGAACAGAAAGAGUCUGACUUGGCUCAGAAUCCAGUCAGCCCUCUCUGACUGGGCAUAAAGGAUUCUGGGUACUCUUACCCAAACGAUGUUCCUUGAACCAGCAGUAGCACAGCAGUGGCACCUGUCAGAAUACAGAGCCUCUGGUUUCAUCCAAGACCUACUGGAGAGCUCAAAUGAUCCUCGGGAGGUUCCGAUGCACGAUGGGAGUGUGAGAAGCUAAGCCAGGCAUUUGGUCCUUGGCAAACCAUCUCUUUUCCUCCCUGUCUGGCUACAGGAAACACAGGGGGUUAGACGGAAGUAGGAGUCAAUGCAGAGUCAUUUGAAUAGCAUCCUCUUGCUAGUCAUGAUGCACGGUUGGGCCCAAUCACAUGUUAAGAAAACCAAUCUUCCAUAUUUGUAAGGAGAAAAGACCCCAAUUGGAACCAACAUGUCUUUAAGGUCUUUAUCCUCUGUCUCCCUCUCAACGAUGAAGUGAAAAAGCCCCGAAUUAGAACCUCCCAAGAGCAAUAGUGUGCAACCAGCACUAAUAACUCCACUUAGUUUCCAGUACGUUUAUUUGUGAGGUAACCUUUUACUUAUAACAAAUGCCGCAUUUCUCAUUUGUUUCCUAAGUAAGUCAUAUUUCAAAACAAUAAAUCAAAAGGAAGAAAAACAUCAAGUCUGUAAUUCCAGAGUGAGCGUGGCAAAACCGGUGGCAGCAGGACAUUAAUGACGGCAGUCAGUUGAGUUACUGCUCCCCAACCAAUAAGAGUCCUUUAAUAUCAGCGCCACUAUUUUGUUUUAAACACUGAGGAUCAUGACCAACACUUUUGUUCUUUAUUUAAAUGGGGUGGAAUGGGAAAGGCUAGGAGGGUAUAAAAAUAUGAAUUCACUGUGAAUUUGCUAGAGGAAGGACAGUGACGGAAUAUGAACAGUUCUGUGAAUGUUUUUUUUUUUUUUUUUUUUUUUUUUCAGUUUGUGUAAUGCACUGGCUCACACAGAGAACAGAUUCUUUAUGUAAUGACUUUAGAGGCCACAGAGUUGGCAAGUCACUAAAAAAGAAUGGUAAGAGGGUCAGGAAGACAGCUCAGUAUUUUUUAAUAAUCGCCCUGCAAACCUGGAGAUAUGGUUUCGGACCUCUGGAACCCAUCUAAAAGUCAGACACUGUGGCUGACUUGUAAUUCCAGCACCCUUACAAUGAGGAAUGGGGCAGGGCGAGACACAGAAGGAUCCCUUGGGGGCCCUGGGGCCUGCUAGCCUGCAGGACAGAGCAGCUAGCCUGGAGUACAAAGCACAGUGACAACCAGGAAGGAUCCUGCUUCAAACAGGGUGGAGGGUGAAGACAAAUGCCAAGGUUGUCCUGACCUUAGCGACCUGACUGACAUCUCUUCCACCCCACCCCCACACUAUGGUAUAUGUGCACCUUCACAUAAAACACACACGCACACACACUCAUCCCUUAAAUACUUUAAAAAAAAAAAUCACAAGGGUACAGAGCUGACUUUUUUGGUCAGGCCACCCAUGAGCAAAUUCCUUUUAAUACUACAUCCUAGACCUCCCAUAACUCCCUAGCUCUUCUCUCCUGACACAUAAUGAACACAUAAUGCCACAGGAUACUAAAUCGUGGGUAUUCCCCAACCCGGCUUUGCUCCCUCAAGUCACCAUUUCCACCUUCACAGAGUGACCCGUGGAGACACGCCAGAGGGAGGAUGUAUUUUGGAGGAAUGGAACUCCAUCACUAGGACCUGCUCUCCUGACCUCGAAUCACUUUUAGAGUUGGCAGUCUUAUAGUGGGGUCUUCUCAGAGACACACUGCUCCCUCAGAAGAAUAUGAAGAGGGUGGUGGGAAAGGGCAGGGAAGCAAAAGAAAGCUCUGGGCAGUUGAGGGGUGGUCAGCACGGCAGCAAGGCUGAGCCUCUGUGUUGGUUACAUUCUGGAAUCAAGGGUCGCGGGGAGGGCUAGGAGGCAGGGACAGAACAGGACCCCAGGAGGGAGGCUGCUGCACAGUGGUGGAAGAAGAGGAGUCAGGAGGGAAUAAGAAGACCCCAGGAGCAACUGGAAUUCUGUACAUGUUCCCAUAGAAAAACAUGAGCCUGAGACACGCAGGCAUCCCUCUAUCCCUAUACCCCAGCAAGCAGAGGUUCCUAAAAAAACACUGCUGAGUCAAUACAGGAUGUGAGCUGUCCUUGAAAUUUUGAGCAUCAAGGGGAAGAAAGAGACUGGAACUGGAAAGCUCUCCCCCAACCCAUGUGCACGGGGGUGGGGGGAGGGCGGUGCGCUUCUGCCUUCCUCCUUUGAUCCCUGCUCAGCCUUUCUUCUCUCUGCUCACCACACACAAACCCUUUGUGAUGUAAGGCCUUCAGUCUUAUUUGGGCCUUUUUGGCCCUAGCCAAAGGUGGCUCUACAAAGGUCUGAGUCACCAGGCUCAGUCUUUCCCUGAGGUCCACCAUCUCAGUAAGGGGCUCCCUGGGCCUGGGGACCUCCAUGGAUGUAGAAAGUGGUUCUGGAGGCGACUACACCUGAGUCACAUCACCCCUAAUUAACAUGCUGCACCGGGUAAAUUUAGACAUCAGCCAGAUCUCCACCCAACAGGCCCUAGGUCUGGGCAAAGAACCUUGGUACUCAGUGGCCUGAUUUAUGGCUGAAGGCUCUUUAUUCUCCUUCUGGGACUGUGGAGGUGAAUUUUAAAAGGUCCAAGAGCAGGGCCAGCACACUGUGGAUCUGCCAAGUCCUCUCUUCCAGUUCCCACUUCUUUACCCCUAUCCCCAAGUGCUCUGAAAACAAGGCAUUAAGUACACCCCAGCCCCACCUCCAAAGCCGAGAUCCAGGCCUGUCAGUCUCUCCCUCCUUCCCUCCCUCCCUCCCUCCCCUGCUUCCCCCUCUCAUUACCAAGUAUCAUUUCUUGCCAAUAACCCCCAAAAUGGGGUCAUGCAAGGAUAUGGGUUCCAUUAUCCCUAGGAAAAGGCAGCCAGUUGGUGAGACACAUGAAGGAUCCCUACAAGACGAGCCACUCACACCAUGGAGAAACAAGACUUAGUCUUGGUAGUGCUUGCCCUACAAUCCCAGCUACCUGGAAAGCUGAGGCAGGAAGAUUAAAGGUUUAAAGUCAGCCUUGUCAAAGAGACUAGCUCAAAAUAAAGAGUAAAAAAGGGCUGGAGCCCAGCGGUGGGUGCACACCUUGAAUCUCAGCACUCGGGAGGCAGAGGCAGGGGGAUCUCUGAGUUCAAGGUCAGCCUCCUCUACUGAGCAAGUUUCAGUUCAUCCAGGACAACCAUGGCUACAGAGAAACCUUGUCUUGAAACAACAACAACAAAGGAGGGAGCUGGUAAGACAGCUCAGUGGUACUUGCCUAGCACACACAAGGCCUAAAGUUGAACCCUCAGCACCGCCCCCACAGACACCCCCCAAAAAAUCUUCACAGUUGUCACAAUGGUCAGAGAUAACCAGAUCUAUAGAGAUCAGCUACGGGGCCCUCACUGACCCACUGUGAAAGGGACGAGUGUGGAAAGCUGAGCAUUUUGUUAAGGUCAGGCUAACCUGAUGUUCCACACCCAGUGCCUCCUCAAGCUAAGCCCUAAUCUCCAAUUUUCUCCAAUUUUCUCCUUAUCACACAGAGGACCUGCACACCUGCACACGAGUGGACGCUUAGAAGAGCAGUGGUGAUGUGUGACUCUCCCUGGCCAGGGCUGGCACACAGCAGGGACUGGACAGCAUUGUGGUAUUGAUAUUCUGUAGGAAGCUAAGUGGUCGCUGGAGUCAGAGCACUGAGAUCUGGUCAAAUGCAAGCUGAAUCUCUCGGAUCUUCCGUGUUCUCACCUCUAUCAGGAAAUGAUAAGCAAGUGUGUGUCUAGGGGUUUUAUAGAUAAUCCACAGAAAAUGUCUAGGAUAUCUGGCACAUGAUAAGGCUAAUUAAAUUGUACAUUUUCGUUACUUUUUUUCUUUGGAUUUCACUCACCAGUCCAGGCUAUCCUGGAGCUCACUAUGUAGCCCAGGCUUUCCUCGAAACCAUGCCUCAAUCUUCAGCUGCUGGGUUUGAGGUAAGGUUUCAUGUAGCCCAAGCUUCCUCCUAUACAGCUAACCUUGAACUUUCAGUCCUCCAGGGUGUCACCACACUCAAGUUUUGUGGGGUGCUUUGGCUUUAUCCUGGGCCUUUGUAAAUCGCAGGCAAGCACUUUACCCACUGAGCUACAUCACCAGCCCCCACUUCCAAUUUUGCUAAAGAAAACAGAAGGCUAACAAGAUGGUUCAUUUGGUAAAAGCCCUUGCUGGGCAAGCAUGCCAGCCAGAGUCAAACCCCCAGAAUCCAUAUGAAAUAUGGGAAGCGAGAACUGGCUCCACAAAGUUGACCUUUAACCUCCAUAUACCAGCAUGGCACACGAACCCAUAUACACUCACAAUGCACACAUAUAUUCAGUAACAAACAAAUAUUUUUUAAAAAUUGAAAGACAAAUUUUUCACAAACAAAAAAAACUAAUUUUCUUGAGUCCAGUGAGAUUCCCAGAUUAUUUUUAUUGGAAGAUGUAAUUUGGGGACCUAAGGAUGAGAUUUCUCUUCAGAACUCUUUUCCUUCCUAAAGAGGCCUCCACUAGGUGCCAUCAAAGAACACACUGCCACCCUAACAUCAAAACUUCAUAAAGGAGCCUUUUUUUUUUCCUUAAAAUUAUGCCCCAAGGGAGAGAGACCAACGAGACAGAGA